AUGGAACAAAACAACUUAGACGUGACGUAUUUCUCUGACACCAUCGAGACUGCUUCGCUCCCGCUUAUCAUGUCUGGAAGACUUGUGGCAAUUGCUGUAGAUGCGAGCAAACACAGCGAAAAGGCAUUUGACUGUGAGUAUUAAAAAACACGUUUAAAUCUAUGUUCUACAUGAAAUCGUUACUGAAUACGUUCCACGAGCUCAAAAUGCGUUUGUAAAUAUUUGGGUCGAGUGGUGGCUUGCCGUGUUUACGAUAAGUUGAAUUGUUUUCAAGUCAAAGGAUGCGCACUUGUUACGGCCAAAAUAGUGCAGUCAAUGUUUACCUUAUGAAUACCAUGUCUGAAGAGAAUCUUCUGAAAUUUAACUCACGGUUUUUACGUGAAGAGCGAUAAUGACACAUUUGCGUGAGAAUCUGCACGAACAUGAAUACAUUAGCUUGCUUGUAGAUUUUGUGACAUCGGAAGAAACGUGCCAAUUGACUUGAUUCGAUAUAACAAUUUUUUUAUAUAUUAUAAUACCCAGGGAGAAGUGAGAAGUCAUACUGAGUGGGAGGGGGGAGGAGAAGGAGAGAGCUCCGAGACCAAAACGAGCUGAGAGGAGAAGAAAGAAAGACUUGCCAUCGCAUCUGUUUACCCGCAUUUAUAUCGACACACGACAUGUUUUCAUCACGCAUCUUGCUUAGACGUUGUGUUAAUCAACCAAACUUUGUGGUCUGAAUUCUCAGUCGUUAAGCAUUUUGCGCUGAGUACUUAUGUCAACGAGAUGGUAUUAUUGUUGUUUCCUAUCCCUCAAGAUCCCUCUGUUUUAGCAAAGCUUAGAUGUUUGUUUAGUUUCUUUUUUGUACGUCUUUGUUUAUUCUAAACAGGGUUUAUGACAAAUGUUUAUCAUGAUGGCGAUCGACUGCUUGUGGUACACUCGCAUGAACUGCAGCCCCCGGCUUUGCCUCGUAAGUAAUAUUUUUUGAACCUAGAGUGAAAUACGUCGGGUGGAGGCGUCGAAGGAGAAGUGUUUGAAGACCAAAUUGUAAUCCCUCCAUAUAAAAUUUGAAAUUUAUGUACUUGGCAGGCUGCUUUGCAGAAAUUAAGGGUAAUCCUUCGAUUGUAGAGGCACUAUUUUGUUGUAUGGAUUUCUGAGCAGGAUCAAGAUUGGACCAGAAAGGGUUUUAAGGGAGGCUUUGUACGCCCUCUGAUGGAUUCAUAUGAAAAAAGAAACGUGUUUAAUUGUUUUCUUUGAAGAUAUGAUGGCCACAGAUGAAUGGCGCCGUGAAGUUGUGAAACACGAAAAUAUUAUAAAAGAACUGGAGAAGAAAUACGAGAAGAAAUGCAAAGACUUGAAGGUACUUUGUCUACUGGUGUUAUUCAGAAAAAAAUAAAAUCAGAAAUGUAAAAAUCCUGUAAAUUUUCAAAUAAGCCCCGCUCUCUGACAAUCCCCCCUUUAAUAAUAUUCUUUAAUAAUAAGGCUCCUUCUCCAACAAUCUCCUCUCUCUCUCUAAAAAUGCCACCCCUCUCCAACAAACUCCCCCCUCUCUUUCUCCAAUAAGCUCCCUUGUCUGACAACCCUCCUCUCUCCAAUAAGUCCUAGGCCUCUCUGACAAAUUCUCUCCCAAAUAAACUCCUCUUGCUGAAAAUCUCUCUCUUUUUUUCUCAUAAGUCCACCUUUUUGACGAUAAGCCCCCCCUUCUCUCUGAAAAUUCCCCUACUCUCCAAUAAAACCCCUAUCUGAUAAGCUCCCUCUCCAAUAAACUCCCUCUCUCACAAAUUUUCUCCUCUCUCCAAUGAGUCCCCUCUGUAAUCAUUCCUCUGUUUUUUAGUUGUCAGCAAAGAUUGUUGUAGAAGCUGGCCCUCCUGGAGAGAAUAUCUGUAAGGUUGUCAAGAAGGAGGGGGCAACUUUUAUCGUGAUUGGCUGCCGUGGUGUGGGAACAGUUCGCCGCACCAUAUUAGGAAGUGUGAGUGAUUAUGUCGUUCACCAUGCCCACGUACCAGUGAUAGUGGUACCAAAGGAAUAGGGCGAACAGGCGACUCGCAGUACCCCCCUAGAGUGAGUUCCAGAUGCAUUUUAAAGAUAGAGGCGGUUCUCAGCCCAUUUCAUUUUACUCUUUGACUUUUGUAAAGAAGUAUACCGAUCGUGCGAGAACAACAGUGUUUGGUAUUGAAUUAGUUUGGUCAUUUAAGGCCUGACUGAAUUCUCCAAACAGAAUGAAAACAUGCUAUUCAAUUAUGAUCCCAGCUAACAAUUUUAAGCUAGUCCUUUGUCGUACAAGAGGUCUUAACAUAUGUUUCAAGAAGUGUUAGUCAAGGAACUGUGAUUAAAAUGUGUAGACUCUUAUCAGAUAUUCAGUAGAAUACGUGUGGUUCAGUAAAAGAUUUGUACAGUAAAUUAAAACGCGUUCUUCAAAAUUAAAUUGGCUCUAUUGUUUUGCUUUUGUCUGCACCGCGGUUUCAAUUAAAGAUACAUCCUUUAUUACUCUGAGAAAAAUGAGUUAAAAUCAAAUAGUUUUAAACCUUAGGCUUAUGAUAAAAAAAUCUAAGAAAUCUGAAGGGAUGAAAAAUUUAGAACACAGCAAUUAUCUAACCCUCCUCUCCCUUAAAUAAAAUGCCCGUCCUAGACAUGCAAGUUCUCACGCGCGCUGUCACGCGUCAUGCAUUUGAGCGAACAUUGGCUGGUAAGGCGCAAAGAGUAAAUACACCUGAUUUCAGUGAAUAUCAUUCGUCGUUCAACUAUCAACGGUAACAACAUGGCGAGUUCUGAAGCAAGAGUUGUGUGCAUAGCAGUAGAUGGAAGCGAGCAUAGCGAGAAAGCGUUUAACUGUAAGUUCCCGUACUACAUUGAUUAGAUACAGUUGCUCAGGUACACUGAACAAUAAUAUCGUAUUCACCUGAAAUAUCGGGAGAUUUUAAGAGGUAGUUCGCUUUCAAAGGAUUUGUAUUGGUAACGCCUCUUUGGACUGAUUGUUUUCGAAUAGUGCAAAUAGGACGGUAAAAAAUUACUGUUUGGAUCGAAAGAUUCUCUAUUGUAUUAUCUACAUUGGUAAUAAGCGAACGUCAGUUUUAUUCCAUAACCCUGGACGCGUGUGAUCAAUACUGUUUACAAACAGCUGUUAACGCUAUAUUUUGACUAGACCACAUAAAUAGAGCUCGCAAAAUCAACAGAUCUUAAGGUAAAUUAAGAUGAUCUAGAGUCAUGGAAAAAAUUUGUCAUCUAGCGAGUCCAUUUAAUUUGCGUGUCCCUUAUCACGCGUCGCUCCAGCCCAGAUUAUUACGGAAAACAUAGUCACGCUUGAAUAAAACUGGUAUUCGUCAGUGUAUUUAUGGAGAAUCAUUUUGCGUGUCAUUACUGUCUCUAAACGAUUUUAGCAACAUAUUUACGGCUUGUAAUCGUCCGUUGAGGUUGUUAUGAAACGAUGUACACUUUACAUGUAGUGCAACGUGACAAAAAUACCCUUCCCAACCUUUAUUACCCCACCCUUGACAAUCUCAUAAACUUCCCAGAUCAAAUUUGUAAUUCUCCUCACUGUCAACCAUACAAUUCUUGUAAUGUUAGUUCAAAGAAUUUAGUAUCGGAUCAACUAAUUAUCCCAAAUUGAUAUUUUUCUUUAUUCGUAUCAUUUAUCUGGUUGAUACUGUAUUGAUAUUGUAAGGAGAAAUUCUUUCCUGGUCACUCAUGUGAGUUAAAGGGUUAAAUUCUGUCCAAUGAGUGCUAUGGAGGAAGGAAUUGAUGCUUAUUCUCGGAAAUUUUAAAAACAUUUUAUUUCUUAUUGGAUUUAAUCCUGGAAGCUUGCAAAUCAGGGGCCUAACAUCAAGACUUGAACAUUGACAGACCCACCCCAGCAGAGACUUGGUAUUUCUAGUGGUUUGAUGGCAGCUGUGUGUGCAAAGCGUUGGGGUGGGGAGGGUAGUUUUGGUCACUUCUGUCACCUUUCUCCUAAAGAUCUUUCUUGACAGACAUCAUGUCUUUAGGCUAAAUUUCAUGCUUGAACGCCAGCUAUGCUACAACUCAGCUAAUGGGCUUUGGCUCUGUUAGUGAAGUGUGGUUCAGUGUUUAAGGCACAGGAUUGGGGAAGGGUUUUAUUUGACAAUGGACAGAGAUUUAAGAUUAGUUUUGGAGCAGGUAUAUCUUUUUAAGAACUGGUGGGAUUUUUUUUGUAUCUAAUAAUUAUACAUUAGAGGCAAUCAUAUGAAAUCCAAUUAGUAUACGUCGAUGAAAAAAUAUUUUUAAAUCCUCCUCAAAAUUGUCUCUGUAGAGAUGAUGUAUCUAUAGAUAAGUGGGAGUCAGGGAAUUUGGUUGGUGUCCUUAAUAGACAAAAUUAAUACACCCUGCUUUCUUCAUUAGAAAUCUUACUUUUGGAAAUUUGAAAGUGGUCAUGAUAAUUGUGGGAGUAUUAAAACCAACAAAUUUAGUUUUUCCAAGUUCUCUUUUAAUUGAGAUAUCCUCUUCUUCCUUCAUCUAAUGGGUACCAGUAUCUUUGAUUUACUGAGCUGUAUAUUUUUACACAGCCAUUAUUGAUGACCCAAACUUUGAAACAGAAUUAUUUUGAAGACAAAGUCAUGUGUAGCAUUUUUUUUCUCGUUAUUUUCCAUUAUGUUUUCUGUUUGCAGGGUAUAAAGAUCAAAUAUACCGCAAUGGAGAUCGCUUGGUUGUGGUCCACUCUCAUGAACUACACCCACCUGCCUUGCCUCGUAAGUAGAUCUUUCAAAUAUCUGAGGUCAUCUUCCAAUCAUAUUCUCUAUAAACCACUGUACAUAUGGCUAAAAAUAUACCAAGAUUUUAAACAAUGAUCGAGGCCUUCACAGUUAAACAGAGCAAAUGCUAUCCACAUAGCUGUUAGGUACUACUGUUGUUAAGACAUAUUUUUCAGGCAUUUUCAUUGCUGUUAUUGAUUUAUUCCUCAUUUUUCUAUCUUAACUGUCCCUCCAGCCAUCCAUUGAAGGCUUUAUUAUUGUUAUAGUUACCAUAUUUAUCUUUAUUGUUAUUUUAAUUAUUAUUAUUAGUAGUGGUAGUAGUAGCAGUAGCAGUAGCAGUAGCAGUAGCAGUAGCAGUAGCAGUAGCAGUAGCAGUAGCAGUAGCAGUAGCAGUAGCAGUAGCAGUAGCAGUAGCAGUAGCAGUAGCAGUAGCAGUAGCAGUAGCAGUAGAAGUAGAAGUAGAAGUAGAAGUAGAAGUAGAAGUAGAAGUAGAAGUAGAAGUAGAAGUAGAAGUAGAAGUAGAAGUAGAAGUAGGAGUAGAAGUAGAAGUAGAAGUAGAAGUAGAAGUAGUAGUAGAAGUAGAAGUAGAAGUAGAAGUAGCAGUAGCAGUAGAAGUAGAAGUAGGAGUAGUAGUAGUAAUGGUAAUGGUAUUAGGACUGAGUGAAGUCCAGUUUAGUCUGCAAUCAUGAGUGAUAACAAAAUUGGAUGACCCCACACACAGGAGUCUAAUUUGUUUAUCACGAGUAUGAUUACAGUAUUGGACUCCACAAAGUCCUAUUACCAAUAAAUCUUAAAAAUUACAAUUUACAAAUAAAAAUUUCCAAAAAUUGUGCUCAAAAUUUACCAAAUAUUUUCAAAAAAUUUACGACAAAUUUUCAAAAUCUACCAUUUUUUGUUGAGUUAAACUACAACUUUGAAUGUGAUUGGCUUAUUGAACUGUUCAAUAACAACUUGGUAAGUGAAUUAGUGGAAAAUAGGUUUUUUUAAACCAAGUGCAAUGGAGGAAAUUGUCAUUUUUAUGAUUAUAUUGUUAUUAUUAUUAUUAUUAUUAUUAUUAUUAUUACUAUUUAAGUAAUUUUUUGUGCGCAUUCAUCAUGGUGAGAACCACAUGUUAAGUUGCAUUUAUUUAAAAACUUUCACUUCAAAUACUUUUGCUAUCUUCCUCAAAAGGGUUUUUCUUAGUAUGCCUUGCUCAAUGUGAAAAAUCAGACUUAAAUUUUAAAGAUAUACAUGUGCCUAAUUGACAUACGGCGCGCGUGUGCAUCCACGGCUAAUGGAAGCUAUGGUUUUGUAGAUUGUAUCACGGUAUUAGCCAUACGUUUUCCUUACCUCCCCACGUUCCUUUGUCAAACCUAGAUGCUAUUGCUACAGAGGAAUGGAAGAAGGAAGUCCUAAAACACGAACAGUACAUCAAAGACUUGGAAGAAAAUUUUAAAACCAAGUGUGAAGCAAUGAAGGUAUUUAGUUGGCAUCACUCAGAACAGCGUGCACUUUUUUUAUACUUAAGUACAAUGUAUAUACAUUGUAUACUGACAAUGCAGUUCGUCUGCCAUGUUUUGAAAGCCCUUGAUUUUCGCGUUUUAAACUAAACGCUUCAUUCAGAAAAAUUUGUAGUAUGCGCAAAAGAACUUUAUAAAAUAAUUCAAAUAGUACGCGCGCUCUGAUUGGCCAUAAAACCAUUUUACAUGAGCGUGCGUAGACACAGUUUUCGUUCCUCAUUCAUUAGUUAUUUUAUAAAAGAAAUGUAAAAUGGUUUCCAUGUUUACAUAGUUACUCGAUAAGCUGGAAACCACUCCGCUUCGCGUCGUGGUUUCCUACGCUUAUCUCGUGUUCUCCCAACCUCCCGCGUGUUUACAUCAGGCUAUGUAAACACGGAAACCAUUUUACAUUUCUUCAAUUGAAUUGCUGCCUCCACACGUGUAUCAAAAAAAGUAUAUGCAUAAGCGCCCUAUCAUCAGUAGCAAAGCCGCUAAAAAUUAACCGAAUAUUUCCUGUGGACUGAUACAAGAGGGAUAUUUCGUUUCGAGGAAACAUCCCGCAUGGAGGAAUCAGUCCGCGUAUGAUUGCGUUUUUUAACUCUCUAGACACUAGUAAUGGCCAAGAGUUUCUCGCGCUUAAAGCUGGUAACGUGUUGUGUUUGUAUCUAGUUAAUAGUUUUCCAGCGCUUUUAUCGUUCACCAGUCUUCUGUGCUCUUCACUGGCUGCACGUUAUUCAACGCUUGUCAGUGAUUACGAGUCAAAAGAUGGAAUUUCUUCACCCGUUUUCCCGCGCUUUUUAUUAGUUACGAGUCUUCCUCCGCCUGUCAACAAGUUGUAUGUUUCCCGUGCUAAGCCAUGCUAGGCACUGACCGGGUGUUUUCCUUCCCUUUUCCUUGACUAAAGUUUUCUUGCGCUUUUCAGUAGUUAUACGUUCUAGAGUGUUAGACCCUGGGUUACGUGUUUUCCCGGAUAUUUUCCUGGUCACAUGUCGUCCGUUGAUUAUUUUAAGAAAUGCAAAAAGCUUAUUAUUUCUAAAAAACAAUUGCAAUAAAAAGCUAUACUUUGCCAAAAUUUUUAGGUUAAAACACCUCAUACCAUGGUUAUGUUGAUUUUAUAUCCUCUAGGUUUCUGCCAAAAUCAUCAUCCAAAGCGGACAUCCGGGAGACCAUGUUUGUAAAACUGCUCAAAAGGAAGGUGCUGCCUUUAUAGUGGUUGGCAGCCGAGGAAUGGGCACAAUCCGUCGCACCAUAUUAGGAAGUGUCAGUGACUACAUCAUACAUCAUGCGCACGUGCCCGUGAUACUGGUUCCUAAGGUGAAGAACUGAUUUUACCCAACCUCUCCAUUCACUGAAAAGAAGCAUUUAAGAUGAAGGAACAGUCAAUAGUAGGAUGAAAGAAUGAAGCUUUUUUUAUCUUUGAAUUCUCUUGAAUUCUUUCGUUAGAAGUUGGUUG